GUAAAAAGGCGCGGCCGAGGCCACGCUGGCGCCGCCCCGCGCGCUUAAAGUCCGGGUGCCCGGGGCGGUACGUCAGCGUCGCCGAGGAGGACCCCUGCGCUGCCGCCCGCCGCCAUGGCCCUGCUCCGAGGUGUGUUCAUCGUUGCUGCUAAGCGGACACCCUUUGGGGCUUAUGGAGGUCUUCUGAAAGACUUCACAGCUACUGACUUGGCUGAAUCUGCUGCCAGGGCUGCCUUGUCUGCUGGCAAAGUCUCGCCUGAAACUAUCGACAGUGUCGUUGUAGGCAACGUCAUACAGACUUCUUCAGAUGCUAUAUACUUGGCAAGACAUGUUGGUUUGCGUGUGGGAAUCCCAAAAGAGACCCCAGCUGUCACUGUUAAUAGGCUCUGUGGCUCCGGUUUCCAGUCCAUUGUGAAUGGAUGUCAGGAAAUUUGUGUUAAAGACUCUGAAAUUGUCUUGUGUGGAGGAACUGAAAGCAUGAGCCAGGCUCCCUUCUAUGUCAGAAAUAUUCGUUUUGGAACUACGUUUGGAUCAGAUCUCAAGCUGGAAGACUCUUUGUGGACAGGAUUAACAGAUCAGCAUAUCCAAAUCCCAAUGGCAAUUACUGCAGAGAAUCUUGCUGCAAAACAUAAAAUAAGCAGAGAAGACAGCGACAAAUAUGCCCUGCAGUCACAGCAGAGGUGGAAAGCUGCUAAUGAUGCUGGUUGCUUUAAUAAUGAGAUGGUACCAAUUGAGGUGAAGACAAAGAAAGGAAAGCAGACAGUGCAGGUAGAUGAACACGCUCGGCCCCAAACAACCCUGGAGCAGUUAAGUAAACUUCCUCCAGUGUUCAAGAAAGAAGGAACCGUCACUGCAGGGAACGCAUCGGGGAUUUCUGAUGGUGCUGGAGCUGUUAUCAUAGCUAGUGAAGAUGCUGUUAAAAAGCAUAACUUCACACCACUGGCAAGAAUUGUGGGCUAUUUUGUGUCUGGAUGUGAUCCCGCUAUCAUGGGUAUUGGUCCUGUCCCUGCUAUCAAUGGGGCACUGAAGAAAACAGGACUAAGUCUUAAGGAUAUGGAUUUGGUAGAAGUGAAUGAAGCUUUUGCUCCCCAGUACUUGGCAGUUGAAAAGAGUUUGGAUCUUGACCGAAGUAAAACCAACGUGAAUGGAGGGGCCAUUGCUUUGGGUCACCCAUUAGGGGGAUCUGGAUCAAGGAUUACUGCACACCUGGUUCAUGAAUUAAGGCGUCGGGGUGGAAAAUACGCUGUAGGAUCGGCCUGCAUUGGAGGGGGCCAAGGAAUUGCGGUCAUCAUUGAGAACACAGCUUGAGGAGAGCAGGGAGCCUGCCCUCGUCCACGCUCACAUGACUUGGCCAGGCCACAGUACGCCAGGUGACCUUCAGCGAAGCUGUGAAGGUCAUGCCAUGCCCUGCACUGAGAGUGAUUGAGUUUGGUCAAGGAAUGGUGAGGCAAAGAUGCAUUUAUCAUGAACAAGAGCCCAUGCCAGAAUAAAUUCUCUCAAAUUUGUACCAAAUAUGCUGCAUUUCUGAACUAAAAUCCAACUAUAGAAGGCCUUAAACGGAAUUGUAUCCUUGCCAAAUAACCACCGCUUAUGUCUUAGAUAAUAUGAUUGCAGGGAAAUUGAAUAAAUUCUUCCUUAACUUCAGCUAAUCCUUUCCUAUCGUUUCUUGUAUUUUUCUAAAUUUUUAAUUGACGUAAAAUACACAUAACAUAAAAGUUACCAUCUUAAUGAUUUUUAAACCUAUAGUUCAGUGGCAUUAAAUACAUUCACAUUGUUAUGCAACCAUCACCACAAUGCAUCUCCAGAAUUCUUUUCAUCUUGGAGAACUGAAACUCUACACCCAUUAAACAACUCCCCAUUCCUCCCUCUCUGCAGCCCUUGGCAACCACCUUCUGCUUUCUGUCUCUAUGCAGCUGACUGCAACAGGUCCCUCAUAUAAGUGGAAUCAUACAGCACUUGUCCUUUUGUGCCUGGCUUAUUGCACAUAGCAUAAUGUUCUCAAGUUCAGCCAUGUUGUAUCAUGUGUCAGAAUUUUCUUCUUUUUUAAGGCUGAAUAAUAUUGCAUUAUAGAUAGAUAGAUGGAUAACCACAUUUUGUUUUUUCUCUCAUCUGUUGAUGGACAUUUGGGUUGCUACCACCUCUUGGCUAUUGUGAGUAAUGCUGCUUUAAACAUGGGUGUACAGAUAUGUAUUCAUGGCCUUGCUUUCAGUUCUUUCAGGUGUAUACUGAGAAGUGGAAUUCCUGAAUCAUAUGAUGAUUCUGUUUUUAAUAUUUAAAGGAAUUGCCGUACUGUUUUCCAUAGCAGCUAUACUAUUUUACACUCCCACCAUUAUCGCACAAGCGUUUAAAUUUUUCCACAUCCUCACCAAUACUUGCUGUUUUCUGUUUCUUUUUUAUAAUAGCCAUCUUAAUUAGUAUGAGGUGGGAGGAUUGGUUCAAGAUGGUGGAGUAGAAGGACGUGCACUCACUCCCUCUUGCGAGAGCACUGGAAUCGCAACUAACUGCUGAACAAUCAUCGACAGGGAGACACUGGAACUCACCAAAAAUAAUACCCCACAUCCAAAGACAAAGGAGAAGCCACAAUGAGACGGUAGGAGGGGUGCAAUCACAAUAAAAUCAAAUCCCAUACCUGCUGGGUGGGCGACUCACAGACUGGAGAACACUUAUACCACAGAAGUCCACCCACCGGAGUGAAGGUCCUGAGCCCCACGUCAGGCUUCCCAACCUGGAGGUCUGGCAACGGGAGGAGGAAUUCCUAGAGAAUCAGACUUUGAAGGCUAGUGGGAUUUGAUUGCAGGACUUCGACAGGACUGGGGGAAACAGAGAUUCCUCUCUUGGAGGGCACACACAAAGUAGUGUGCGCAUCGGGACCCAGAGGAAGGAGCAGUGACCCCAUAGGAGACUAAACCAGACAUACCUACUAUUGUUGGAGGGUCUCCUGCAGAGGCAGGAAGUGGCUGUGUCUCACCGUGAGGACAAGGACACUAGCAGCAGAAGUUCUGAGAAGUACUCCUCAGCGUGAGUCCUCCCAGAGUCCGCCAUUAGCCCCACCAAAGAGCCAGGUGGGCUCCAGUGUUGGGUCACCUCAGGCCAAACAACCAACAGGGAGGGAACCCAGCCCCACCCAUUAGCAGACAAGCGGAUUAAAGUUUUACUGAGCUCUUCCCACCAGAGCAACAGCCAGCACUACCCACCACCAGUCCCUCCCAUCAGGAAACUUGCACAAGCCUCUUAGAUAGCCUCAUCCACCAGAGGGCAGACAGCAGAAGCAAGAAGAACUGCAGUCCUGCAGCCUAUGGAACAAAAACCACAUUUACAGAGAGACAAAAUGAAAAGGCGUAGGGUUAUGUAUCAGAUGAAGGAACAAGAUAAAACCCCAGAAAAACAACUACGUGGGGCUUCCCUGGUGGCGCAGUGGUUGAGAGUCCGCCUGCCGAUGUAGGGGACACGGGUUCAUGCCCCGGCCCGGGAAGAUCCCACAUGCCGCGGAGCGGCUAGGCCCAUGAGCCAUGGCCGCUGAGCCUGCGUGUCCGGAGCCUGUGCUCCACAAUGGGAAAGGCCACAACAGUGAGAGGCCCGCAUACCGCAAAAAAAAAAAAACUACAGUGAGGUA